AUGGGCUCCUCAUCCUCCAAAAUCGCUAGCAAAGCUGCUGGAGCUGCAGCCCGGCGGCAAUACCCUUCCACUUCAUCCAUCACUAACAACGCGCCUUCGGCUCCCAAUGCGCUUUCUCCAUCCUCCACACCUUCUGCUCCAUCUCAGGUUCACCCCAACCCAACCGCCUCACCUCCGACAGAAGAGAAAUCUUCACACAUCGAACUCGAUGGACGUGAUCCACAUUUCGGUUCGGCACUGCGAAGAAUAGGACCUGCAAAACCGGCCUCAGAGGCUCGACCGCAUGAAGAAGCAUUUCCAACUUCCAGUCAACCGAUGCAACUAGGACAGAACAUUUUCCCAUCCUCUCCAAACAACCCUGCCAUGAUGCUUGUGAAGGCACGACAGAGAAUCAGCAAGCAAUGGGAAUCAGAAAUAGAUAACCGGGGCAGACCCAGCUUCCCGGGUCGAACUCUUUUGGGUGCGAAGGAUAUCAGAGAAGCACUGACGUUACGAGAUGAAAAGGGCAGAACAUCCCGGGAGGUUGAGAAACAGAUGGGACUGAAGCCGGGAAUCCUGGACCAAUUGUUGACAAAGGGAGUUGUCGCGAAUGCUCGGUAG